AUGAAGCUUGUAUUGCUGACCCUUUUUGGCUACCUCCUGCUGGGAGCAGCUCUGUCCCAGGCCAGCAUUGCACCUGCCACCACAGGAGUGAUCCCAACUAUUCCGGCUGCCAUUCCCGCAGGCGUACCACUGGCCACCAGCCAUCAGUUUGUUACCAGGAACUGGAAUCGCUUCUAUGUGUCCACUCCCCCAGUGGCCACCUAUCCCACCUACUACAAGUACAGUGGAGGUUAUCCUGUCUAUCCUACGGCUAGCUACCCCAGCUACCCCUACGGCUCCACCUAUCAGUACACCUAUCCAUAUGGCUACUACUCCACUUACCCAAACUAUGGCUACGGUUACAAGAGUGUCUGGUGAAGGAGGAGCUUGGAAGCCCGCUGGUUCUUGUGAUAAUAAUCAAAUACCAAAUGAUAUUAUAUGCCUACAGAAAUAUAAUAAACGCUACUCCAUGUAUUAGAGGAUGAUCCUUAAACAC